CUUUAGUUGCAUCUCUAGUUCAUUAUCUAUGCGGCGAGCAUAUAAUUUAAGAGCAAAUGUGUUUGCAGUUUGCCGGUUGUUAAAAACAUGUGCUGUUGUUGAUAUGUUCCGUAAUUGGAAUUUAAAGACGGAUUCUGAAACAAUCAUAUCGGCUGUUAUUUAUUUUUGUGUUAUGCGUUUAAAGGGUUAUUAAAGGCUGAAUACGUUGCUGUUGUGUUGAAAUAUUCUGAUAGCAAUAAACUUCAAAUUUUCGACAUCAAAAGCAUCCGCUGACAUCAUCACAUACUCUCUGCAUACUUACUUUCUUUUGACUUUGAGCUGAGCUGUACAGUUAAUUCAUCGAAUAUUUCUGAGGUACCUAUUGCUACAUUCUCAGCUGAAAGAAUUCUGUGUGAUUGAUUCAGCUUCCAUGCCAUACUGCAAAGGAAAGCUGUCGUAGUUUUCAAAAUUCGAUUGAAAGCUCAGUACAAUGGAUAGGAGGAAAUCCAGCUAUGAUAAAAGCAAAAACCGGCGAAAAUCAAGCACUGCAGAAAAAUCGAAAAAAAGUCAGAAAGAAAAAUAUGAGUGGAAAGAUGAAGAUUUGGAUGAGGAAAUGGAAGAGAUUUUCCAUCCUGCAAAAGAUCAUUUCUCUUUGGCUGACUUAAUAGGCACAACAGAAGUUGAAGAAAAGCGGCGGUUUGAUGAAAAUGAUUAUGAAUUGCAUCGCAGAGAGAGUUUUCAGUAUCAUCAGCCACUUCGUAAAUUAUACCAUAAACAUAAGAAAACACCUCACAGAAAUGAAUCUGUAGAAAUACAGCCAAGGUCAAGUAUCAGUGAGCAACCUGUUUCCACUCCUUCACAGGAUAAAGAAGCAGCUUCUGAAAAUGAACCUCUUAUUCCAGGUUCUAAUAUUCAAAAUGCAGAAAUAUCCAGGCCUGCACAAAUACAUUCAGAUGGAGAUGAAAAAGUCCAAUUUUAUGUUGGCAGUUCUUCAUCUUUGGAAAAUACAAUAGAUCCUUCAAAGAGUAGAACUUCUGAGAAAGUCCCUUUGAAAUCAGUUCUUCGAGGAUUUUUAAAGCAAGGCAGAACAUCUGAUGGUUUAAGCCCAUCUAUUAAUUUGCCCAGCAGCUCGAAGACAUCUAUAGAAGAAAAUGUCUUGCCCACUAGUUUCACAGAUACGGCUCUGGAUAAGCCUGUUGGUGAAUCACCCCUACCUGUGCCUGUUUCCCUUGAUGUUAUGAAACCAAAAGUGAAAUUCAUGCUUGGGGAAGAAUCUCGUGAAGAAAUUAGGAAGGCUUCAACUGAAAAUUCAAAAAUUAAUCAUGUCAAACACCCUAGGAGGCAUUCUGUGAAAAGAAAGCAUCAUGGUUUUAACAUCGAUGCAAAAUGUUACAACACUGUCUUAGAACCAGAAGAAGCAGAAACUCUCCAUUCUGCUGAUAUUGAUUGCAUGGCUAGUCAUCGAUUUGAAGAUCCAAAAGGAAUUCGACGCCACAAAAUUCAAGAUAAAAAUUCUGUGGCAUCAUUUUUUAAAACAAAGAAAGAUGAUUUAGUUUCACCAUACAAAAAAGAGUAUGACCAUGAACCUCAUGAGCUUUUUGUAGAGCUUCAAGAAUUGCAAGAGCAUGAGUACAGUGAUGAUUUAGAAUGGAGACAAACUGCUAGAUGGAUUAAAUAUGAAGAAGAUGUUGAAUUAGGCUCUGACCGAUGGGGCAAGCCUCAUGUUCCUCCUUUGGUCUUUCGUAGUUUGUUGAAUCUUCGCAAAUAUUUAGAGGCUGGUGCUGUAUUAGUUGAUGUAGAAGAAAAAGACAUGGUUGGCAUAGCUAAGCGAAUUGCAGAUUGCAUGGUGCAAACAGACCAAAUAAAGCCUGAGCAGAAGGAUGUUGUACUAAGGACACUAAUGAUGAGACACAGACAUGUAAAUGAAAAAGCAGUACCUUACUUGCGGCGAAAUAGUUCUGGUUAUGGAAAUCUAAAUUUGCUUGGUCAUGAUAAGAGCAGGUCCCCAUCAUUUUUAAAAUCUAUAAGAAGUAAGCAAGAAAGUGUAACAAAUGCUUUAAAUAACCAAGAUAGGACUCCAUUAGAAACAACAAUACUUAUGCCCAACAGUAACAAUAUUAAUAAUGUGGAAAUAACACCCUCUUCUAAAAGGAAAAGUGUUUCAUAUGAUAAAUUUGUGGACCAAGGGAUUCUUCGUAGAAUACCAGAAAAGGCUGAAGGUGUUGCAGUUUUGGUUGGAAAACUGGAUGAGCUUAAUGAACCUGCAAGUGUAUUUAUGCGUUUAGCAGAAGGGCAACAAAUACCAUAUUUUCUAGAAGUUCCGAUCAAUGUUCGUUUUAUUUUUGUGCUCUUGGGACCCCCAACUUCAUCUCUAGAUUAUCAUGAAGUUGGUCGAGCUCUUGGUUCUCUUAUGAAUAAUCAGGAUUUCCAUGUUUCGGCCUACAAAGCUGCUAAUAAGAAAGACUUGAUUCAUGCAAUCAAUAGCUUUCUAGACCUGAGUACUGUGGUACCUCCUGGAAAAUGGGAAAGACAAUCACUUUUACCAAUUGAUGAGAUUCGAAGAAAAAGUUUAGUGAAAGUCCGUAAAAUUGAAGAUGUAAAAAAAGAACUACCUGAAAAGCCUAUUUAUGAUCCCUUAAGGCGGACAGGAAGAAUAUUUGGUGGAUUUAUUAAAGACAUUCGGCAUCGUUUUAUAUGGUUUAAAAGUGAUAUUAUCGAUGGGUUGAAUAUGCAAAGUGUUGCAUCUGUGAUUUUCAUAUACUUUGCUGCAAUAUCUGGUGCCAUAGCCUUUGGAGGUUUAUUGGCUGACAAAACAGAUUUGAAAAUAGGAGUUCCUGAAACAUUGAUAGGAACAGCUAUUUGUGGCAUUUUAUUUUCUCUUCUGGCUGGGCAGCCUCUGAUCAUCAUUGGAACUACGGGUCCUUUAUUAUUGUUUGAUGAAGUGCUAUUCCAGUUACGAGAGCAUUAUACAUGUGACUUCCUUGUAAUGCGAACUUGGAUUGGUAUAUGGACUGCUGUAAUUGCAACAAUUGUAGUUGCAGCUGAAGGAUCAGCAUUAGUGAAAUUUUUCUCCAGAUUUGUACAGGAAAUUUUUGCUACAAUCAUAUCUUUAUUAUUUAUUGUGGAAAGUUUUACAAAAUUGUAUAAAAUUUUUCUAGAGAACCCUCUGCAACAGUACUACUGUAAUGUAAGUUCAGUUAAUGUAACAGAUAAUGAAACAUCUGUGUUGGUGCCAGAUACACCACAGCCUAAUACUGCAUUACUGUCAGCCAUACUGAUGAUUGGUACUUUUUAUAUAGCAUUAUUUCUUCGUCAUUUCCGAAAUAGCAAAUUUCUUGGCAGAAGUGCAAGGCGAGCUCUUGGGGAUUUUGGUGUUCCCAUAGGAAUUGUGAUAAUGGUUCUUGUUGACUAUUUGGUCCCAAAUACUUACACGCAGAAACUGAGUGUCCCAGAAGGCUUAUCACCUAGUACAGAAAGGAGUUGGUUUGUUUAUCCAGUGCCUGUUUCUGUUGGAGAAGCAGCAGUUGCUUCUGUUGGUGGUCUUUUGAUAUUUAUUCUGUUAUUUAUAGAAACCCAGAUAUGCGAAUUAAUUAUCGGCAAAAAGAAAUUAAAGAAAGGUUCAGGUUUCCAUCUUGAUAUGUUUCUAAUUGGCUACAUGGAAAUGAUAAGUGCCUUUAUUGGAGGUCCUUGGCAAUGCGCUGCCACUGUGAGAUCAAUUUCUCAUGUUUCAAGUUUAAUAGUCUGGAGCAAGACACAUGCUCCUGGUGAAACACCUCAUAUCAUUGAAGUUAAAGAGCAGAGGUUAACCAAUUUUUUGGUCUCGGUACUUGUUGGACUUUCCGUUCUAAUGGCUCCAGUUCUUCGGCAAGUGCCUGUUGCUGUGCUCUUUGGAGUAUUUUUAUACAUGGGAAUUUCAGCUCUUAGUGGAAUUCAACUUUAUGAGAGAUUUCUUCUCAUAUUUAUGCCUACAAAACACCAUCCAGAUUUGGCUUUUGUUCGUAAGGUACGAACAAGCAAAAUGCAUCUGUACACAGCAGUUCAGGUACUUUGCAUUGCUGUAUUAUGGAUAAUCAAAACGUAUAUUGCUCCUGCAUUUCCAUUUGGCUUGCUAUCCAUGGUAUUUGUUCAUUCACAGAUCAAACGCCUUUUUACUAAGGAAGAAAUAAAAGCUUUAGACGAAGGAGGUGCAGAAGAUGAUACACAAGACACUGAGGAUGAACCUGAUUUUUAUGAACAAAUUGUAGCCUAAUUAAUUAGUAUUACAAACUGUGAUUAUUAAUACAAAAAGUUUCCUAUUUUAAUCUUUGUGAAUGGCUCUAUUAUUUUAUACAUGUAGCAGUAUAUUUUCGCAUUAUUAAUAUGACUGUACCAAUUUUUCAACAGUACAUAGGGAAUUUGAUGAAAAGUAAAAUAUAAAUGCAUGAAAGAAAUAUGAAUAAUUUUUAAGCAUUUUUUAAUCCAGAAGGAGUAUAUUUAUUUAAGUGUAUCUUUAGCAUGAAUAUUUGAAUCUCAGAAUAUAUAACUAUAAAAGUAUGUAAAAAUACUUUUUACAGCUUCUGUGAUAUUGUUUUGCCUUGAUAAUUUCUUAUAAUUAUUGAAUAUGUACUGUAUUUUAUAUUCAUUAUACUGUGUUAGCGAUUAGCAUAUGCAAAGCAACUUUUGUAUAAGACAGUAGACAGCUUGAAAAUCAUGACUAAAUCUUGUAAUUGAAUUAAAAAGUAUUGUAAUUUCUAACUUACAUUAAUAUUUACAAAACUCAAAUAGUUAUUAUUUUGAUUGGGUUAUUCUAAGAAAGGAUUUGCAUAAAUACUUUUUGUGCUUUAUUUUAGCUUUAAUUAUCAGUAUGUAUGCAGUAAUUAGUUUCUAGUAUUUGUUUAAUAAUAAAAUAUUAAUGGCAUAUAUUUCUCUGAGGGUCAGUGUAUUAAAGUAAAUAUAUUGUGAAAACUUUUACUCCUCAUUUCCUAAUAUUUUAUUUUUAAAUAAAAUUGAAAUGCAAUUAAUGUCAAAAAAGUUUGAGUUAUAUUAAUGUAACACACAUUUGUCUUUACAUUUUUGAAACUGUCUUUAAGGUUAUUCACCUUUUAACAAGCAGCCAUCUUAACAAACCCAUCUUAACCCUUUCAGGGGCGGUGGUUUCGCCUUGAAACCGCAUUUUCAACAUUUUUUUUUAAUUUAGAAAAUUUGGUUUUUUUUCUCAAAACCGCUGCUAAAAUUAAAUUAUUUCUUAAGGCUGAUAACAGACGGCAGCACCAAACCUUUCUGGGCAUCCAUUAAUUAAUACGAAUCAUUCAAAAAUAGCUUCUUUUCCACACUACUCUUUUUGACCCAUUUUAAAAACAAAAACCCAAAAAUUUUUAAUUUUUCCACAAUAUAUUUUAUAAGCAGGCAUCAAUGAGUAAUGAAAUGUCCUUUGUUCACAAAAAAAA